GCCAAUUGCCGGAAUUGCUUUGGGGCUAUUAGAAGGAGAAAUUUUGGUAGAUAUUAAUGGCUUAGAAGACCAAUUUGGAGAGAUGGAUUUUAAAGUGGCGGGCACGGAAAAAGGAAUUUGUUCUUUACAAUUAGAUGUAAAAAAUCAGGGGAUUUCUUUACCAAUUUUUCAAAAUUCUUUACAGUUGGGCAAAAAGGCUAGAAUUCACUUGCUUUACGAAAUGAAUAAACAUUUGCCAAAAAUUAGCCCUGGAUUGCCAACUCACGCCAUAAAGUUUAGAAAAUUUUUUAUCGGAACGGAGCGGUUUGGAUUAAUUAUCGGCAGCCAAGGAAAAACCAUUAAUCGUUUAAUCCAAGAAACCGGAGUAGAAAUUGAUUUACAAUCUAACGGAUUUGCUCUACUUUACCACUACGACGAACAACAAUUAAACCAAGCCGUUCAACUUAUUAAAGCCAAAUUAGAAAAGUAA